ACCGCUCUCAACGCCAGCGCCGCCUCUCGCUCGCCGAGCUCCAGCCGAAGGAGAAGGGGGUAGGUGAGUAAGGAAGUACUUGCACCAUGGCUCGUACAAAGCAGACUGCCCGCAAAUCGACUGGUGGCAAAGCACCCAGAAAACAACUGGCUACAAAAGCCGCUCGCAAAAGUGCGCCCUCUACUGGAGGGGUGAAGAAACCUCACCGUUACAGGCCUGGUACUGUGGCGCUCCGUGAAAUUAGACGUUAUCAGAAGUCCACUGAGCUUCUGAUUCGCAAACUCCCCUUCCAACGUCUGGUGCGAGAAAUUGCUCAGGAUUUCAAAACAGAUCUGCGCUUCCAGAGUGCAGCUAUUGGUGCUUUGCAGGAGGCAAGUGAGGCCUAUCUGGUUGGCCUGUUUGAAGACACCAACCUGUGUGCUAUCCAUGCCAAACGUGUAACAAUUAUGCCAAAAGACAUCCAGCUAGCACGCCGCAUACGUGGAGAACGUGCUUAAGAAUCCACUAUGAGGAGAAACAUUUCAUUCUCAAAACAAAUUUUUUUUUUCUCUUCUUACCUGUUAUAUUGGUAGCUCUGAACGUUUAGGGGUUUUUCUUUGUUUUUCUGGUUUUUUUUUUUGUUUUUUUGGUGUUUUUUUUUUUUUUUUCCCAUGGGGUCAAAAGGUACCUAAGUAUAUGAUUGCAAAUGGAAAACUAGGGGACAGAAAUCAGGUAUUGGCAGUUUUUUCCAUUUUCAUUUGUGUGUGGAUUUUUAAUAUAAAUGCGGGGACGUAAAGCAUUAAUGCAAGUCAAAAUGUUUCAGUGAACAAGUUUCAACAGUUCAACUUUAUAACAAUUAUAAAUAAACCUGUUAAAUUUUUCUGGACAAUGCCAGCAUUUGGAUUUUUUUAAAACAAGUAAAUUUCUUAUUGACGGCAACUAAAUGGUGUUUGUAGCAUUUUUAUCAUACAGUAGUAGAUUCCAUCCAUUCACUAUACUUUUCUAACUGAGUUGUCCUACAUGCAAGUACAUGUUUUUAAUGUUGUCUGUCUUCUGUGCUGUUCCUGUAAGUUUGCUAUUAAAAUACAUUAAACUAUAAAAAAAAAA